UGAUUUCUGACUACAGCUGACCUUGCGUCCCUGUUUACUGACUCCAACUCCAGCACCACCUCAGCAAGCACCCGCAGCAGAGUAAACCUUUCCAUCAACGCAAAAAAUAAAUAAAGGAGAGUUAUUUUGUAACAAUUGCAGAUCAAGCUAUAUGUGAAAAGUCUUAACAAGAACAGAAAAAGAGAGUGCCAGUCAACAUGUCUCUAGAGGUAAAGGAGAAGACAGAGGUGCGUCUGGUGUUUCUUGGGGCAGCCGGUGUGGGAAAAACAGCCCUGAUCCGCCGCUUCCUACAGGACAAGUUUGAGCCCAAGCACCAGUACACAGUGGAGGAGCUGCACAGCAAGGAGUAUGACAUUGGAGGGGCCAAGGUUACCAUCCACAUCAUGGACACCAGCGGCAGCUAUUCCUUUCCCGCUAUGAGGAAGCUCUGCAUCCAGAAUGGCAACGCUUUUGCCUUGGUCUACGCAAUUGAUGAUUCUGACUCGUUGAAGGCUGUCAAGAGCCUGCGAGAUGAGAUCCUAGAGGUCAAGGAAGACAAGUUCACUCCCAUCGUGGUGGUUGGGAACAAGACAGACAAGCAUGGUGAGCGAACAGUGUCCCGCCAGGAUGUGUUCUCCACAGUGAAACUGGACUGGAACAACAGCUUUCUGGAGACGUCAGCCAAGGAGAACAACAAUGUGCUAGAGGUUUUCAAGUUGCUGCUGCAGCAGGCUAACCUGCCCAGCAGGCUCAGCCCAGCACUGAGACGACACAGGGAGACCUUCCCUAAAGACUGCAACAACCCCCCGCCCAUGAACAAGACCAACAGCUGUCUCAUCACUUGAGGUCUCAUAGAAGGACCAGGAUGGGAUCUACAGUAGGUCAGUGUUUCAGACAGUCAUGGUUGCUGAUGUUGCUGCUUCUAAAGAGUAAAAAAAAUUGCUUACGUUCCCUGUUACCCUCAAAAUCCUGACUCCACCACAUUACAUUCCCUGUAAAGUACACAAGAAGAGCAAAAUGACUGUUAAAACGGAACCUGAACUGAUGACAUUGUAACCUGAAUAUGGUGGGGUUAUGUUAACACAAUAUAAUGUGACAAUUAGGCUACUCCGGUGGGUUAUUUUGCCUAUACAACAUUAUAUUGUUGUACAGGUUUACGGUUUAUUUUUGUAUUGAUGUAUUGGUGUUAACUCUUAACAACUGUGAAGAUAUUUAGACAAUUAUAACUAAUUGUGCAAAGGCUGAAUGUCAUGAGAAGUUUUUAUACAAUUAAGUUUAGCUAUGACAUUUAUUUUGCUUUUCAUAGUAACAAAAUAUAGUCUUGAAUCAACUCUGCAUUACACUUUUUAGAGGGUUCAACAUGGAACCCCUACAGGGAGAGCCAAAUCACUUUGUACUAUUUUAUUGUACUAACUUAUUUUUUCAUAUUGAUAUGCACUUGGAGUUUAUAUUUU